AUGCGAUGGGGGAACUCUGCACACGAUUGCUCCUUCCUUCUCACCACCGGGUCAACGGUUCACCAAUGCAAGCAUGAUGAUAAUGAUUCUGACGAGGAUGACUGUGUGGUGGGCACGGCCACCAUUGCCCUCACUGACCUCAUCAAAGACACCCGGAUUCGCGAUGUCGUGGCCAAGGUGACUCGGGACGGCAAGCCGACAGGAAACGUCACCAUGGAGGUGGACUAUGCCAGCUUCUCAGGCCCAAGCGAAAGCUUCGAGCCUCUCCCCGUCCUCCAGAGGCUUAUCAACACCCCCCUUCCCAAGUCGGCAUUUUCACCAGCUGCCAUUCCUUCUAAGGGGGAAGAAGCGAAAGCUGAAGCUGAAGCAGCAGCAUAUGGGCUCUCCCUCCCAGACCAACGGGCAGUUGAAGCUCUUUUUGCCACGGGAGCCAAUAGCGCGACGCUGGCCGCCUGGGAAAACCUUUCCCGGGCAGCUGCGGGCGGGCAGUCGGAGUUUUUCAAGUCGGCGUUUGAGAGUGUGUGUUUCCUGAGCAGUGGCGAGUCUGACACGCAGGUGGGCGUGUGGAGGGACAAGGACCCGCGGAGGAAGAGGCUGGUGGUGUCGUUCCGAGGCACGGAGGUGGUCAAUGCGGCCAUGCUCAAGGAUGGACAGGCAGGGCAGAAGAUUAAGGAUGCAUUGACGGACCUGAGACUGCACAAGGAGAACUUCGAUUCAGACUUAACUGAAGAGGAUAACAAGAUAGACAUCAAGGUGCAUGAUGGCUUUCUGGAUGGCUACAAAUCUGUGAAGCCGCGGCUCCUUCUGCUGCUCAAAGCUAUUCUCUCCCCUUCCAAUGAAAAGUAUCACAUCAUGGUCACGGGGCACAGCCUGGGAGGCGCCCUCUCCACACUUUUCGCAUACGACCUUGCCCAGUCCGACCUCAAGAAGCAGCACGGCUUCACCCUCUCCCUCUACAACUUCGGCUCGCCUCGUGUGGGAAACCACGCCUUUGCAGCUCGCUUCAACCAGUUGGUGGGCGACAGCUGGCGCAUCGCAAACGACCAUGAUAUAGUGCCACGUGUCCCCUACGUUUUCUACAAGCACGUGGCCACGGGCGUGGUGCUUCGCCCCGACUCGCAGAAACUAGACAAGGAUGCGCUCCUUAAGAAACGGCUCGAUACCAUCACAACAGUUAGCUUCCUGAGCGAGCAGCCCAAGCUGCUGUUUGACGGUGCCGGCGCCAGCAAGCACUCACAGCCGGCAUACUUCCUCUCACUGCUCAAGCAAGUGCGCUUCAACCUGAACAAGAAAGGACUGCAGCAAUGA